AUGAUGGGUAUCUCAGCGAAGAUCACUCUUGAGGGCCUAACUGGAAGAGACCUUCGCGAUCGCAUCACCACCGACUAUCAAAAGAAUGAAUCCUAUCAAGCCACAGAGGAGGGGCUCUUCACGCGUGUUACUCUUAUGCUUCAGCAAUAUGUUUGCGUCGAACUGAAUCUUCUAGGCUGGAAAGAAAUAGGGGUACUACAACGCAUUAUGUCGAUGUUUGACCAAGAGGAAAAGAUUUGUGGAUACCAAGUUGAGAUUAUUUUCAGCGAUUUUAUGACCAGAGUAUCUGAAACUCUCCCAAUCGCUACAAUCAGUGAAAACCUUCAACAAGUUAAUAGAGGAGAUAUUCAGAAUACCUUAUAA